AUGGUCCUGAGUGGGGCGUUGUGCUUCCGAAUGAAGGAUUCCGCCUUGAAGGUGCUUUAUCUGCAUAACAACCAACUUCUGGCUGGAGGACUGCAUGCAGGGAAGGUCAUCAAAGGAGAAGAAAUUAGUGUUGUCCCCAAUCGGUCACUGGAUGCCCGACUCUCCCCAGUCAUCCUCGGUGUCCAAGGAGGAAGCAAGUGUCUGUCCUGUGAGAUGGAGGAGGAGCCGACUCUGAAACUAGAGCCUGUGAACAUCAUGGAACUCUACCUUGAUGCCAAGGAGUCCAAGAGCUUCACCUUCUACCGGAGGGACAUGGGGCUUACCUCCAGCUUUGAGUCAGCUGCUUUUCCAGGCUGGUUCCUCUGCACUGUGCCUGAAGCAGACCAGCCUGUCAGGCUCACCCAGAUCCCUGAUAAUGCCGCCGGGGAUGCCCCCAUCAUGGACUUCUACUUCCAGCAGUGUGACUAGGAUAACCCUCCUUCCAUAACCCCACCUCUGCCCAGAACUCCCUGGGCAGGGCCAGCUGGAACAGGAGUGGGGCUGGAGGAGAGAAAUGAUGAGUGAGACCCCUCUCUGGGCUCAGGCCCCC